AUGGACUCCCCCCAGUAUGCCGGGGACACGACCACCAGCUCCAUUGCCAACCAAUUAUACGGCACGCACCUCCACAAAACGCCCACCAGCGGCGGCUAUUCCAGCGCCGCAAAACCGCAGCCAAGCGUGUCGCUGGCCAUGUUUUCCGGCCAGAAAUUCAUCCAGCUCUCGCUCCAGCUAGCCGCCGGGAAAAGCGGCGUGGUUUCCGUGUUGCGCCGCGUGCAAGACUCGUACGUGAACGUGUCGCAGAUGCUCGAGAUCCUCGUGGUUCUCAAACACUAUUCCGCGGAGCAGAUCGCCAGCUUUUUCCGCAACGAGAUCACCACCAACAGGCAGUACUUGCCCGAGUCCAAGGCCGGGCUGUUGCCGCUCUUCAACGACUUCACGGCGCACGAGGUGCCGCAGAUCCGCGGCCUCUGGAUCUCCUUCGAUAAGGCCAUCUCAAUUGCCGUCAAGUUCGACAUCUACAGGCUUGUCAAGCCGCUCUUUUUGGUGGACGUGCAUGACUUCGACAGGCUCCCGGCACUGGCCGCCAACGCCGCCUCGUCCGACUCGCUGCCGCCAAAACGCGCCCAUGCGGCCGCUGCAACAGACGCUUACCUGGACUCCCCCACCAAAAAACGCAAGACGUCGUCGUCGCCGCUGGCCGACGUGUUCACCCAGGCAAAGCUCCAGGCGUCCUUGAAGAGACUCGCCGCAGCAAACGCAAACUACCCUUACACCGUGCCGCCGGCAGCGUACGACGACAAGAACCGCGAGCUCAUUGCGGAGGCAAAGCUCUUGUUCCACGACAUCUUCAAGUCCGACGAGACGGACCUGUUGUCGAAGCUGGCCAUGGAGGCGCGCCUCGCCCCCGUCAUCGAUAAAUGCAAGGCCCAAGGCUUGCCGCCGUCGACAGUACUAGACGUGUCUUUGGACCAACGAGGCAAAACCGCGUUGCACUACGCCGCCACACUCGCGUGCGCGACGUUGGUUCUGAGUCUCAUAGAGCUCAAGAUCUGUUCCCCCGUGCGCGGCGAUAACAAAGGCGAGUCUCCGCUUUCUGCCACCGUGCAGGUGACAAACGCAAUGGUGAAAGGAACUUUCGCCGACAUGCUCCAGAACUGGUUGUGGCCUGGCUUGUGGCUUUUCGACAACAGCAAUCAGUCCGUCCUCCACUACUUGAUAUCGCUGGCAGUGAAAAACCCCAAGUCUUCCAAAUUCUACCUCGGCAAGAUUCUAGAAUGGGUGUUUGGCAGCCCCGACAAAAAGCAGCAUCUAGAAACAUUGUGUAGCAAAAUCGUGAAUGCGCAAGAAGCAAAAAGCGGCAACACGGCGCUCCACGCAGCAGCAGAAAAGGGGCUCAAGUGGUAUGUGUAUCUCUUGCUAGAGCUCAAUGCCGACUUGGACUUGGCCAACAACAUGGGUGUGAAACCAACCAGCUUCGACUGUGUAAAUCAAGUCGCGGAAGCACGCAGAGCUUUCAAAAACAACUCUUCGUCGCCUGCAACGACUGCCGCCUUGCUCGAAGCUCUAGAGGCAGACGCGGACGAUGACGAGUAUUUGGUCCUGCUUGUACAUACAGGAAUCGAGUUUUGGAAUAAGCUGCUUCCUUUUCCCGAGAUUGGCGAGUCCGAGAGAGACGACGCGCUCGAAGCCGACCCAGACAAAGAGCUCACCCCAACAAGCGAAGUUUUCAGCUCAUCUAUCCUUUCUAACAAGAUUUUCAAAUCGAUCCAGGAUCUUUUGAGCAACACAAAUGAAGAGUACGAGAAAGUUAUACAUUCGAAGAGAGCCGAAAUCAACAAUUUGAACAAGGAACUUCGAGAUGCCACCAUUGUGACGGCAAACAACCGGCUUAUAGCCAAAAGCAUCUCUGGAAAGAUGUCGCAAGUGGAAGCAAUGAAAUUACAAAUGAUGAACAUUAACGACAAGAUGCAGCUGCUAAAGAAAAGUCUCGGGAGUCUAGAAGACGAGGAUGUUUUCAAUCCCGAGUGGGAAGUCGAUGUUUCGACACUUGAGAAAUACGACGCGGAUGAACCAUUCAUCAUCAAAGAAAUCUACGACAAGCUUGCCAGCGGUGAGGAUGUUGAACCUACCGACGAAUUGAUAGAAUCGCUCCCGCCUCUGGAUGUAUUGAAAGCAAGGUUGAAGGCAUACGAAGAGGUGAACAACAACCUUGAGGAGGAAUUGGCACACUUGGUGAACUACGGUGAUCUCACGGCGCAGUUCAAGAAGGUGGUGAGCAGCUGUACGGGCGUGGACAUCAAUGAAGUGGACGAGUUGCUAGAUGGUCUCCUUGAAGCCGUUGAGGGUCAGCAAUGA